GUAGUCAUCAACAGAGAUCCGUCCAUCAUCAAUCAAGAAAAUUGUCGUCUACUAAUAAUCUUCUGAGCUUCGAAGCUAUCAGUAUUCUUCCAUGGAGAGAAAGAAGCCGUGCAUAGCCAUGGUUCCAUCUCCGGGCUUUAGCCUUCUUCACCCACUUAUUGAGUUUUCCAAACGACUCGUCGUUUACCACCCUCACCUCCACAUCACCUUCUUCAUCACCCCACUUGGCCCUUCCUCAUCUUCUGCGACACAUUAUUAUUCCAUCUUCCAAUCUCUCCAACCACACAUUGACUUCGUUGUUCUUCCACAAAUCAACAUGGAGGAUCUUAAAACUAACGAUCCAGUGACGCAGAUUCACAACACUGUGAAAUUCUCUCUUCCUUCUCUUCGUCAUGAGUUAAUCUCAAUGAGUUCCCAAACUCGUCUUUUUGCUGUGGUUGCUGAUUUGUUCUCAGUAGAUGCGUUAGAAAUAGCAAAGCAACUCAGCCUCAAGUCAUUUGUUUUUCAUCCUUCAUCAGUAACUUCACUGUCUUUCUUCCUGUGUUUUCCAGAGCUUGACGAGGAUCACGAGAUGGUUUCUACAGGUUUCCGAGAGUUAUCACAGCCUCUGAAACUUCCAGGUUGUGUAACUUUUCAAGGAAAGGAUCUGCCAGGUCCAGUUCAAGAAAGAUCAAGUGAAUCCUACAGAACAUUCCUUCAUGCAAGCAAACAACUACGUUUUGCAGAUGGUAUCAUAGUGAAUAGCUUCGUUGAUCUGGAACGAGAGGCAAUAACAGCUUUACAAGAAAGCAACAACAACAAAUACCCUUUGCUUUACCCAGUAGGGCCAAUUUUACAGACGGUGUCAACUAACAAAAACAACACAAACUCAUCAGAAUGUUUAACAUGGUUGGAAAAUCAGCCACGAAACUCAGUAUUGUAUGUCUCUUUUGGUAGUGGGGGAACAUUGUCACAUGACCAACUUCAUGAACUAGCCUUGGGGUUAGAGAUGAGUGGCCACAAGUUCUUGUGGGUCAUUAGGGCUCCAAGUGCGUCUCCUAGUUCAGCUUAUCUGUGUGCGCAGAAGGAAAAUCCAUUUGACUACUUGCCAAAAGGGUUCAUAGAUCGAACCAAGGGUCAAGGCUAUAUGGUCCCAUCAUGGGCCCCACAAAUCGAAGUUCUAAGACAUGGGUCUAUAGGCGGGUUCUUGACUCAUUGUGGUUGGAAUUCCGUGCUUGAGGCUAUAGUCAAUGGCAAGCCAAUGAUUGUGUGGCCACUAUUUGCAGAGCAGAGGAUGAAUGCAGUGAUGUUAACUGGGCAUUUUAAGGUUGCAGUGAGGCCAAAAGGUGAUGAGAAUAAGAAUAAUGGGAUAGUUGAAAGAGAUGAAGUUGCUAGAGUUGUGAAAAUAGUAAUGGAAGGUGAGGAAGGCAGAGAACUUCGAAGGAGAAUUCUAGUGUUUAAGGAAGCUGCUGAUAAAACGAUUAGUGAAGAAGGUACUUCUACGAGGACACUAUCUAACUUAGCAUUUGAAUGAAUAACAGUUUUGCGUUCUAGGAGUUAUCCUAAUAUAGUUUGUUUUGUUAAAAUAGUUGCGUUUAAAUUCAAAUCCUAGAGAAUGUGUUUCCUUAUUGUAAGUUUAAUGCAUAUAUCUAUUACUUUUUGUUGUUUUGGCUUA